GCUGGAGCUUGUGGGCGUGGCUAUGUGCGCCCUGCUGCCAUGGCGACGAGGGAGCGAGGCUGCCGUCGGCCCCGUACCCUUGGCGACUUUUUCCGCUCCUUACUACACAACCACCCGGAAGCAAAAUCUGGUGAAGCCCGGAAGUGCUUCAGAUCGUGGCAAUUGGGUCCUGGGCGGCGACGAGGAAGAAAGAUGCGGCUGAGGCUGAGGGUGGAGCGGCUCCCGGCGGCGACCUGCCUCACGGCGCUCCUCUCGCUCCUGGCCUCCGGGCCGGGCCUGCUGCCGUGGGGCGGCGCGGGAAGGGGCCUGCCCGGAGAGCCCCCCUCGGCCCUCUCGCUGCGCCCCGAGGCGGUGUGGGAGGGGCAGGUUUAUCGGCUGGUGACCUACAUCUUUGUGUACGAGAAUGUGAUCUCCUUGGCCUGCGGCGCUGUCGUCAUUUGGUACUUUGCCAGCAGCUUUGAGAAGACCAUGGGCACCGCGAGGCACUGUUUCUUCACCGUGGCCUUUGCUGUUUCCUUAGCUUUGCUCUACCUGAUGCUCAGGACUGCCCUUUCCAGGCUGUGGGAGGUGCCGGACGCCAAAGGCUUCAUGCCGGUGGCUUUUGCCAUGCUGGGGGCAUCCAUCGCCCGCUCCCGGAUGAGGAGGACACUGCUCUUUGGGGUCAACCUCCGCGUGGCACUGGUGCCCUGGGUCCUGCUCGGUGUGGCCUGGUUUAUCCCAAGCUCCUGCCUCCUGGGGAACUUCUGCGGCCUCUUAAUUGGAGACAUUUAUGGUUACGGCUACUGCUUCGGCGCAGAGCUCCCUGACUCGACCGUCUCUCGCCUGGACCAAACGUUCCCUUUCCGACUGCUGAAGAGAAUCCCGGGGGUGAAGUACAUUCCGGGGUCCAUCGCGGAAAGAAGGGCUUCUCAGAGCAGGAAGCUAAACCUGGUGCCCGGUUCUUAUCCCACUCAGAGCUAUCCCAGCUCUCCUUCUCCUACCGUGCUUCCUGUUCACAUGCAGCAUCCUGGCGCACGGCCUCCUGGAUCUCCGCCACAGCACCCCUCCACUCCUGGACUGAACCAAAGCCCAGGUGCCCUUGGAGAGUCCUGCCUCCAGCCCCAUUUCCACUCUCCGCCAGGAUCCGCCUCGCAGCACCUCGGCGGGUCUGAGUCACGGGUGCCCCAGAGGACGGACUGCGCCGGCGUCCCUCAAGCACCUGGAUUUCUAGCUGCAGGGCCAGCUUCAGAAUCAGCAGAGGUUUGCCGAGUUCACGUAGGCUGAAACUCCUGGACUGGACUGCCCUUCAGGUCAUGCGAGGGUCGGCUGUCCCUCCAAGACGGGAGUCUCUCCCACGGGGAUGAAGGUUAUUGAGGUCCUAAACUGCCUGCACCCAGCGUGUCUUGUGCCGUCUCCUGAGGCUCAAGUGAUGAUCUUCUCUUCACUUGUUCAUCGAUGUCACACGGGGCUUCACAAGUUCAGGGGCUCAAGGCCACGUCUGAGCAAUCUUGGAAAAUGAUUUCACGUGAUUUGUCUUUGGGAGACUGUGGCUGGCUGGGCUGGGCUUGUUAAAUAUCUACUGUGCCUUUUUUAUAUAUAUAUGUACACCUAUUUGUCUUGAAUUGUUACCAGCCCUGAAUUUUUGGAACGGGGCAUCCCAACUGAGCAUGUGACUUCAUUAUGGCCCGGAAAAAUGUCAGCUAGAGCCUGGUUGAACUGCUUGGUACUGUGGUCUCUGAGAUUACCAUCCUACAGAGAGGUGUUGUGCCGGCAUCCCCCCACAUCAGGGACUGUGGCCUAAAGCUCUGGUGUGUUCUUCCUUCUUUGCUCCUAAUAAAAAUUCUCAUCUCA